AGACGAAGAAGAACAUAUGGCGGCCGGAAAUGACUGGGUGGGCUAUCAGAGAAUAAAUAGUUUUUCACCUGUGUCAAUAACUGUUAGAAUACGUAGUUAUUAACUAAAAGUUAGUGACUAGAAUAGGUUUAGAAGGUGGUUCAACUUGUCAUGCAUGUUGUUGAAUAUAUCUCCCUCUCGGAUAUACUGCGUACGUGACAACGUCCAAACGCAAAUCAAUGCAAUGUUUUUGGCUGAUUUAACGAUGAUUGAGAGACAGAACCAGGGUUGUGGAAAAAUACAAGGCAAGGCAAGGCAACGAGCUAUGGAGUUUAAAAGACGCUAUUUCCCGUUUGUUGCAAGACGUUUGCUACAAACGCCUCCUUCGCUGUCAACAGGAUUCAUCAUGAGAAAGAAGCUUCUCAUCGACGUGGACUGCGGGGUGGAUGAUGCUCAAGCCAUCAUGCUAGCGCUAGCGGCUCCCAACGUUAAGGUGCUGGGCAUCACUUGUGUCCAUGGAAACACCAACGUGGAAAAUGUGUGUAAAAACACCCUGCGAGUCCUGAAGGCCUGCGGCAAACUGGAGAUUCCAGUAUUCAAAGGGGCCGAUAAGCCCAUCCUUGGGAAGGGCAUCAACGCUGGCCACUUCCAUGGCCUGGAUGGGCUGGGAGAUGUCCCGGACCCUGACGCUCCUGGUCUGGACCUGAUCCAGAAGGAAGGAGCGGUGUCUGCAAUGAUCCGACUGGUUGACAAGUACCCCGGAAAGAUUUCUCUGGUUGCCACAGCACCACUCACCAACCUGGCUCUUGCUGUGAGGCUGGAUCCAUCCUUCCCGAGCAAACUCGAGGGCCUCUUCAUUAUGGGAGGCAACACAGAAUCUCGAGGAAACACUACUGUGUGUGCAGAGUUUAACUUUGUAGCUGAUCCAGAAGCUGCCUUCAUUGUGCUGAACGAGUACCUGUGUCCAACUACCAUUGCCUGCUGGGAGUUCACCUGCCACAGCAAACUGAGCUGGGAAUUUUGCGACACUUGGCUGUCCCAAGACUCUGAGAAGGCCCGCUUCAUGAGGCAGAUCUUUGCCUACAGCAUGAAAGCGUCAGAGAGCGAGCGCCUGAAGAAUGAGUUUGUGGCCGGUACCGGCCUGGUCUCGUGCGACUCCUACGCAAUGGCCGCUGCCAUCGACGAAAACAUCAUCCUGGAGAACGACCUCUACCCCUUGACUGUGGAGCUAACGGGCACACACACCAGGGGGAUGAUGGUGAUGGACACAAUAGACAUUCUGAAGAAAACCCACAAGGUCAAGGUGAUGAAGAAGAUAAACCUGGACAGGUUCAUGGAGUUGAUGAUGGACUCAUUGAAAUAAGUCAUUCAGCUUUUUAUGUACUACCUCCUUUUGUCCUGACCGGACGGUGCCUAAUGGAAGUUAACCUGAAGACAAAUUUUGUUAAUCGAGAUAAUUCACUGGAAAUUGUCUUUUACUUUCUGUGCAAAUAUCUGUUAAACAUUUAAAUAUUUGAAAUAGUGCUGUCAAAAUGUAAAUGUUAAUCUUUGUAUUCAUUUCAAAAUUAAUAAUGUAAUGUAAAUGUAAUGUCAACUUAUUUGUAAAGCACAUUUAAAAAACAACAGUUGACCAAAGUGCUAAAAAAACAAAAAAAACAAAGAUAAAACAAACAAGAAUAAAACAGUAAUAAUCAUACAUUUGAGAUGACGAUAAUAACAUUAACAA